CCUUUGUUUGCAUAUUUGUUGGCGAAAACUUGUACACCGGAAGAAGGCGAUUAAAAGUAACGACAUGAGCGGUUAAAUGUAUUUAGCAUUUUGACCAAAAAACACUUAUUCUGAAGCUAAACAACGUUUUAAAUAGCACACUUUACCUUUGCUGCUUGGUGACUGAUAUAUGGAAUACAAAUUGUUUUAAAACGCAUUGGGAAAUACAAUGAGAUACAAUCCGCAUGAUGACAGCGCUAGGAUUUCAGCAGGGUUAUACUUGUAUUUACCCGCACCUCCCAUCGAUUGACCUGGCCCCCACGUUUGGGUCUUGGGACACCAGCAACGCCACCCUUAUCAUCGCAACAGCGCCACCUCUAGAGACAGCUACCGAUGAUGAAAACGGUAACCGUGACACCAUUUCAACAGGGUCAGAACUCAUAGAAAAGGGUAAACAGGGGCUGGCAAACUUUCUCUCUAGUGGUGACAGAACGGAUUUAAAACUAUGUCGCGAAAACGUGGAGUAUUAUUUGGCGUCUGCCAAUCGUUUGAAUCAUAAGCAAUUGGAAAAUGUGUGUCAUAAGUUUAUUCAAGAAUGUGGUAUGGAAAGUGACAGGCGCGUGUGCCUAGUGUGUCAGUCGUUGAUCGAUAAGAGGAAUUCAGUGAACAACAACCCCAAUCUCUACCAUAAGGACACUGACCUUAAGGUGCCGCGAUACCAGAUAAUGUUUCCCAAAGACGUGAACUCUAACGAGACCGAAGGUUACGUGCUGGUAUUGGACAUCCGGAGUGCCAGAGAAAUUCAGAAGAUUGGGGUGAAGAAAUUAACGAAAUUCGGCACCGGUUUUACCGCGUGCACAGCUUAUGUGAACAAAUGCCCAUAUGUGUUCGUUUUCGGCGGAAGUGGAAAGCACGAGAAGUCGCUCUUCCGGUACGACGUGGUCGAAAAUAAAUGGAAUCGAUUCGCUCAUCUGAAAAACACCCAUUACAAGCACAUCAUGGCGUUCGUUCCACUGCAGAAGGCGGUCUACGUCAUAGGAGGCAAAGGUUGUGGCGUCAUCGAAAAAUGUGAGGUUGAAACUGGACAUUGCACAGAGUUAAAUACUUCGCUGAAAAUAUCCGUGCACAAUGCAUCCAGUGCCGUGUAUAAAGACAAAAUCUUUAUUUUUGGCGGGAAAACAAUCCGAAACCACGUCUGGUCUGUUCAAGUGGUAGAUACAACCAAAAACACGGUCUCUAAACUGCGCGAUCUGCCAUUCGACUGUUCAGGUGGUCAGGCAGUCGUUGUCAAGGACAAAAUUUACAUAGCAAUGGAAAACGGUGAAAUGAUCAGGUAUUGUCCACAAAGCGACCAAUCAGAAACGUGUGCAAAACAGCCGUACACGCGUAAGCAUUUCUCAAUGUUUGAGAAAAACGGACACUUGAAUAUCGUAGGAGGCGUACGGACGGACGGCUGUCUGGAACAUGAGGGGACUAUGUAUACGUACUGUCCGGAUAGCGACGAAUGGCGGGCAACGUUUACGUUUACACGAGCGCUGCCGAUCCAUACGAGUUGUACAAUUGACUUUCCGAAAGAAUGUCCGGUGACACCUUUCCGAAAGAUGUUCGGUUAUUGUUGACUGUUAUCGCGUAAUUUACAGAGGGGUUAUAAUCAAGGUGGCGACGUCAAUACCCUUUAUGUCUUUUUUAUUUGUUUCAAUGCCGCUCACUUUCCAGCCAUAUCAGCAAGAAAGUAAAACUACAUGUAGCAUUUAUUUCGUGUUAAUAUUCGCUCUAUAUCUCGACUUUACUCGUUGCGAAAUUUCUUAGCGGGGUGACCUAAUUAGAGCACUUCUAAGAAAAUUAGCAGCUAGUAAAGUCGAGAUAUAAAGGGACUUUUAAAAGGAAAUAAACGCUCAUCACUUUCUUACUGGUAUGGCUGAAAAGUGAGCGUCAUUUAAAAAUUAUACAAAAGUAACGCUUAUUUUUCUACAGUACUGACAAUGGUUUUAUGUGCUCGGCUUGCCAUGCUGUUAGUUCAGUGCUUUGUUUUGUUUCCUUUCAGUGCGGUAAAUGUGUUUAUUUAUGAAGUCAUACAUGUUGUGUUUUUAAUUAGCAGUUGGUACGAUUCGAUUUAUGUUACAACACCACAAGUUUAUAUGUAGCAUUCCGCAAUUAAUAAGGAAACGGUAAAUUAAGGAGUUAUUUUAUUAGCUAAGGCCCCUACUAACGUAGUUGUAACUUAUGGAACAAUACAGGACAGAAAACUUGCUAACCUUAAUUCUGCUUAUCAACAAUGUUCUAUUUCAAUUGUACUGUACGAGGCCAUUAUGAGUGUCUAACAAAAUGGCUUAAAACGGAAACAACAAAUCUACGAUUUGUUUAAUUGUUUCACAACGUAACUCGCACAUAAUUAUACUGUCUUUGUCUUUUUGUCCUAAGUCAUAGCAUACGUUAAUUUCCAUCUGAUUUUUCUGAUCGAUUUGCAAUCACACACUAUAAAUAAACCUUCUAUGUUUGAUUUAUAGAUUUUAUACACUUUUCUUUUUUUUCUACAAUUAAAAUUGAAAAAUAUA